AUGAAAGUUCACUUUGUCAGUCCUCCAGACUGGAGAUCCGAACCCUCUACGCUGAGUUGGGUCAGUUCUCCCACUUCCUUUCCGGAACCCACACGGCAGCUAACUUAUGGUUCUCUGGAAGCCACACGGCAGCUAACUUAUGGUUCUCUGGAAGCCACACGGCAGCUAACUUAUGGUUCUCUGGAACCCACAAGGCAGCUAACUUAUGGUUCUCUGGAACCCACAAGGCAGCUAACUUAUGGUUCUCUGGAAGCCACACGGCAGCUAACUUAUGGUUCUCUGGAACCCACAAGGCAGCUAACUUAUGGUUCUCUGGAACCCACAAGGCAGCUAACUUAUGGUUUUCUGGAAGCCACACGGCAGCUAACUUAUGGUUCUCUGGAACCCACAAGGCACCUAACUUAUGGUUCUCUGGAACCCACAAGGCAGCUAACUUAUGGUUCUCUGGAACCCACAAGGCAGCUAACUUAUGGUUCUCUGGAAGCCACACGGCAGCUAACAUAUGGUUCUCUGGAAGCCACACGGCAGCUAACUUAUGGUUCUCUGAAAGCCACACGGCAGCUAACUUAUGGUUCUCUGGAACCCACACGGCAGCUAACUUAUGGUUCUCCUGAACACACACGGCAGCUAACUUAUGGUUCUCUGGAAGCCACACGGCAGCUAACUUAUGGUUCUCUGGAAGCCACACGGCAGCUAACUUAUGGUUCUCUGGAAGCCACACGGCAGCUAACAUAUGGUUCUCUGGAAUCCGCACGGCAGCUAACUUAUGGUUCUCCGGAACCCACAAGGCAGCUAACUUAUGGUUCUCCGGAACCCACACGGCAGCUAACUUAUGGUUCUCCGGAACCCACACGGCAGCUAACUCUUGCGGAAGUUGUUUGA